GACUUCAACUCGUUUGCAGAGAUAAUGGAAUUCUGGGGCUACCCGUACGAGGACCAUUUGGUGGAGACAAGAGACGGGUUCUUGCUUGGCACACAUCGGAUCACUGGUCCCCGUGGCGGACCCGUACAGCAGCACCAGCAGCACCAGCAGCACCAGCAGCACCAGCAGCCGCCGCAGUCAUCGGGAGGAAAACCUGUAGUUUUGUUCUGGCACGGAUUCAUGCUCAACUCUGAGUGCUUUGUAUGCCAUCCCGACUGGAUCAACAUCCUGCCUCUGCGUCUGGCGGAGGCCGGCUACGAUGUCUGGCUUGGAAACUCGCGCGGCAACAAGUACUCGUACAAACACAUGAAAUACACGCCUGAUCAGAAGCGGUUCUGGAACUUUUCGAUCGACGAGAUUGCCAACAUCGAUGUACCCACGACUGUUGACUAUAUUCUCAAGGAAACGGGCGCAAAGACAUUGACAUAUAUCGGCUUCAGCCAGGGAUCGGCACAGAUGUUCAUGACGCUGUCACGCAACAAGGAGCUGAAUUACAAGGUCGAACAUUUUAUUGCACUGGCACCAGCGUCCACUCCGCGCGGCUUCCACAACAGGGUUGUUGACUACUUCAUCAGGGCCACGCCGCACAUGCUCUACUUGCUGUUUGGCCGCCGCCGUGCCAUGAAGCUGGUAUAUUUCUGGGUCAACAUACUUCCGCGCGACAUUUACGUGGCUGCACUCGAUUUUUGUGUUAACCUUCUCUUUGGCUGGCGCACCCGCAACAUGUCGCAGGAAACAAAACACAUCGUCUACUGGCAUCUGUACUCGUACACUAGCGUCAAGGCGAUCGUGCACUGGAUGCAAAUUAUACGCUGCGGUGAGCUGCAGAUGUACGACGAGGACCCGCCUGCCUACCCACAAGGGUACACAAUGGGUCCGCUGACCCACUGGAACAACACCUAUCCGCUAAAGAGGAUCAACACCCGACUGUCCCUGUUCUAUGGCGGAUCAGACUCGCUAGCCUCUGUCGACACGCUAGUUGAAGAACUCUCUAUCGUGCCCGAGGAAUGCAUGCGGUUCUCACACUACGAGCACCUCGACUUUUUGUGGGCUGAUGAUGUCGGCACCCUGGUGUACCCCAAGGUCCUGGCUCUGCUA